UGUCCUGUGGACCCACCUUCCUGUAGUUGAACAGAACGACGAAUGAAAGCCAGAGAGCAGAAGACAUCCUCUUGAAAUGGCUGAAGAGGAACAGAGCGACACAUCACGGCAGACGUCAACCAGCGAUGAUGACAGUCAGGCGGUCACUCAGACUUUGCCUUCUGUUAUUGAGAUUCACGACUCCACCACUGAAUGCGAGGAAGAGACGAAGCUCAGUCCAAUACAGAUGGAGAAGUCAUUUGUGUCGAGUCUGCAAUCUUUUAUGAAGGACAGAGGUACACCCAUAGAACGGAUCCCACAUCUGGGCUUCAAACAGAUUAACCUUUGGAGAAUCUACAAAGCUGUUGAGAACCUUGGAGGUUAUGACUCAGUGACUGCCCAGCGUCUGUGGAAGAAAGUUUAUGACGAGUUAGGAGGAAGCCCAGGUAGCACCAGUGCUGCAACUUGCACUCGCAGGCACUACGAGAGGCUUGUGCUACCCUAUGAGAGACACUUAAGAGGAGAGGAUGACAAGCCACUGCCCCCAACCAAACCACGGAAGCCAUAUAAGAGAAGUCAAGAUGGCAAGAUGAAUCAGAGGAAGAGGAAAAGGUCACAGUCUGACAGAGAGGUGGCGUCUGAGAUCCUCACCAAGAGAAGCACCAAACCUUCCUGUCAGAGUGAAGCAGGGCGACUCGCAACCUCCACUCUCUGGACUGCCACCUCUGACAGGCACCAUCCGGAGAGUUCUCAACAAAACAAAGGUUCCAGCGAUAUCUGCACUUCUGUCUGCGCAUGCUCUUGCCUUCUCCAAGUCCCUGCAUCCAGCCCAUGGACUGGUCAUAUUCCAUCUGCUGCUGGAGAGGUUAUUUCUCCUCUAGAGAAGAAAAAGCGCGUGGCUCAGGCCAGCCUUAAGUUGCUGCUGAGUCCCCAUGCUGAGGAUAAAGAAAGGCCCUCUGUCAUCCACUGCUCCCAGUCUCCAGUUCUGGCUUCCUCUGUUCAAAACUGCAACUCCCCUGAAGGUUCCCCGCUUCCUUUAUCUUCAUCUUCUUCACGCAGUCCCUCACCUUAUUCUGUCUCAUCAGAGGACAGCACAUCAGUCACUGAAGACAAAUCCACAAGAAGCACAGAACUGUCCCAUAACUGUUCCAGUGCCAUCAAAAAGAUAUCUGGGAGCUCAGAGAACAGCAAGUCUCCGAUCUGCAGUCAGGCAUCCAGAAAUCUCACGGGACAGACUAAGGAUGUCUCUCAUGUCAGCUCCCAGUCACUCAACACAAACUCAAAUAAAAGCCAGAGUAAAGACUCAGCCGGGAAGCAAAUCCACAAAGGGAAUGACAGAUAUUUCACUCAUCAGUAUUUAUUUCCAACCCCCUCUGGUCCCUCCUUCACUGGCUGGACUCCAACAUCUACCUCGAGUUUCACCAAAGUUAGCCCGCAGUCGGUUCAGAUCCUUCGGCCCGCUCCCAUUCACCCUGUAGGUUACAAAAUCCACCAGAGUAGGAUGACACAGCAGGACGACCCGCUGUCUUGUGCAGAUAAGCUGAACAGUGUGUCUCCAUGGUCUUACCAAACGGACAAGAGGGAAAAAUCCAGGACAACUUCUGCAAAAGCUGUUUCUGCGCAGCAGAGUUUGAGCAGUUCGGCCGCCCUGCCGAUGUCCUGUGUCUUGUCUGGUUACGACAAACCAGGACGAGACACUCGACACCAACCCCCGUUUCAUCCUGCGUUUCUCCAUAGUCGACUAACUCAAACACAGCCGGUGUACCGCCACUUCCCAAUGGCCGCGGGCCACUCUGCACUCAUCGGCUCUACUGUUUACUCAUACCCCUACACCAUUCCGCUGUUUAGUUCUCCACCCAGAUAUAAUGCUGUGAAUUCAGUGUACCCUCACAAAUUGUGAGGUGUGUUUAGGUUCCAGACUUCAGUAUUUGCUAUGUGCCAAAGAACCUUAACCCUCAAGCGACCAAGCUAUUUUAGCGACUAAUAUGACCGAGUGGGGUUAUUU